GUGUCAUUUCUUCUUGAGAGCCUUGGGCUCUCCUGUAUGAUAAUAUAUUAACUGUCACCUUUACCUACGCAUCGUACCUACCCUCCUAAUCACCUCGGCGUGCCCACCUACGGACCAGAAUAUGGACCGUAACUAUGGAAGCGGUCAUGGGCUAAGAAACUGCACAGGGUAGGUGCACCACUUUGGAGAACUGGGCAGGAAACGGAUUGCUACCUAGCCAUGAAGAAGUGCCAUAACACCACCUAGGCACCUGCCUAUCUACCACGUAGUGCAAUCGGACGCAUAAAGUCCUCAUCCAAAAUUUGCACUAGGUUAAGAUCUUUGAACUGUUCCCCGAAAAGGAUAGUAUAUAGAUAAAUAAACAAAUAAUAUAUUUACCUUUGAGAUUAAAGAUAAAUAUUAAUAUAAUUUAUCCUACUAUUUAGAGUAGAACAAAGAGUAAAGCGGCCAAGUGCGCUAGCUGUGUCAAGUAAGCAAGCGAUACAGACAUGAUAUGGAUCAGGACUUUAUGCUUCUCCUGUAUGCUCGCUGGUCCACCAGGCCAGGUGCGUGCCAAACGAAUCCAGCUUCUGAUCAUCUCUCGGCAAUGGACGAGUGAGCACGACUUCCUGGGCCGUCGUGACAGAGUUAGAACGCGCUCCGGAGCUGACGCUCUAAUAAUAAGCGGAUUCGUAGGAGUGGGUGGUGCCUCGUAUGGAGGACGUGAAGAGGUGGCAUGAUUUGUUCUGGACCUGAGGAUCCACGGGAAGGACCCGUCUACUCAUCUCCCCCAGGCGAGACUGGCUCAGCACUGGGUGUGAAGGCUCCAGUUCCGUACUAGACAGUGAUUAGGAAGAAACGGAAUUCUCAGUCAUCAAGUGAGCGAGUGGUUGGUCGCGUUGGGAGCCAUUAACGCGUGCGCGCUGGCUCUGGGUACAUUACGGGGUGCCACAAUAGGAACCUGGUGCCGGGGGCAAUUAGAAUGGCAUAGUACAUACGGAGUACAACGCGUAGUAGUACUGAAGCUGGGAUGGAAUGAGCGGGUCGACGGCGAAAACGGCCGGAGGAUAUUCGUAAUCUCUCGCCUCUGACCUCACUCAGGAUGCAGCGGAUGUGUGGC